ACGUGUUGUUUUGCUCUUUAGUUGGGGCACUCGGAGCGCGAUGUGUUACUUACGGCGAAACUCCCGCCGGCGUCGGCAGCACCAGCGGGAGCAGCGGCGGACCGGGAGCGGCAGCGGCGCCGCCGGUACCCGAUCCGGGGAGGACGCCGGGCGGCCGCCGGCAGCACCCGCUGCCUAGAGGCGACAGCAGGGGACCCAGCUGCGGCUCCGAGCAGCCGCGUUCUUCUACGGAGGAAUAACUUUAUUUUACCUGCUUCUCUCAUUUUUUCCUUUAUUUUUUCUUUUUCUUCUUUUUUUUUCGCCGCGGCACUCGGUUCUCGGUUCCGCUCCGCGUCGGCGGCAGCAGCGAGAGGAGCCGGGCGGUGCUCCCGCCGCAGGGCUGGGGAUGGCGAGCCCCGCCGUGCUGGGGCUGCUGCCCCCCCUGAGCUCCCCGCCCGGCCCCAACCUCAACAACAACAACAACAACAACCAGGGCGUGAGGAAGUGCGGGUACCUGCGCAAGCAGAAGCACGGCCACAAGCGCUUCUUCGUGCUGCGCGGCCCGGGCGGCGGCGGGGAGGAGGCGGGGGGCGCCCGGCUGGAGUACUACGAGAGCGAGAAGAAAUGGAGGAACAAGUCCGGGGCGCCCAAGCGGGUGAUCGCCCUGGACUCCUGCCUCAACAUCAACAAGCGGGCGGACGCCAAGCACAAGUACCUCAUCGCCCUCUACACCAAGGACGAGUACUUCGCCGUGGCUGCCGAGAACGAGCAGGAGCAGGAGGGCUGGUACCGGGCUCUCACCGAUCUGCUCAAUGAGGGCAAGGCGGCCUGCCAGGGGUCCCCCCACCGCCACCUCGCCUCCCCCUUCUCCGCCUCCUGCGGCGCGGCCGCCGCCUCCCUGGCCGCCGCCGGUGAAGACCUCAACUACGGGCUGAUCGCGCCGGCCACUGCUGCCUACCGGGAGGUCUGGCAGGUGACGCUGAAGCCCAAGGGCUUGGGGCAGAGUAAAAACCUCACUGGUGUCCACCGGCUCUGCCUCUCGGCCCGCACCAUUGGGUUCGUGCGUCUCAACUGCGAGCAGCCCUCGGUCACGCUACAGCUGAUGAACAUCCGCCGCUGCGGCCACUCCGACAGCUUCUUCUUCAUCGAGGUGGGGCGCUCGGCCGCCACCGGCCCCGGCGAGCUCUGGAUGCAGGCGGACGACUCGGUGGUGGCCCAGAACAUCCACGAGACCAUCCUCGAGGCCAUGAAGGCGCUGAAGGAGCUGUCCGAGUUCCGGCCUCGAAGCAAGAGCCAGUCGUCCUCCUCCUCUUCCUCCGGGGGGGCCGGCGGGCCCGGCGGCAGCGGCGCCUCCGCCACCCACCCCAUCACCGUGCCCGGUCGCCGGCACCACCACCUGGUCAACCUGCCUCCCAGCCAGACCGGCCUCCUCCGCCGCUCUCGCACCGACAGCCUCGCCGCCGGCGCCGGCACCAAGUGCACGCCGUGCCGGGUGAGGACGGCUAGCGAGGGUGACGGCUGCCGGGUGGGCUCGGCGGCCGGCAGCCCCAUGAGCCCGGGCCCCGUGCGGACCCCCCUGAGCCGCUCGCACACGCUCAGCAGCGGUGGAGGCCGGCAGGCGGGGAAGCUGCUGCCGGUGCUGGCCGGCGGCGGGCUGCAGAGCAGCCGCUCCAUGUCCAUGCCCGCCUCCCACUCGCCCCCCUCUGCCACCAGCCCCAUCAGCCUCUCUUCCAGCAGCGGCCUCGGCUCCGAGACUGCCCAUCCGCAUCACCCGCAGCGCCCGUCCAGCGGCAGCGCCUCCGUCUCCGGCUCCCCCAGCGACGCCGGCUUCAUGUCCUUCGACGAGUACGGCUCCAGCCCGGGCGGCGACCUGCGGCCCUUCUCCUCCUCCUCCACUGCCAGCAACCGCAGCAACACUCCCGAGUCGAUGGCCGAUACCCCCCCGGUCCGGGACCCGGGGGGCGGCACCGAUCUCUACGGCUACAUGGCGAUGGAGCGUCCCCCGAGCGGCCGCCUCUGCUACCGGCCCUGCCCCGACGCCGCCGGCGACAGGUGCCAUCGAAAGCGGACCUAUUCCCUGACCACGCCGUGCCGGCAGCGACCCGCCCCACCUCAGGUCUCCUCCGCCUCCCUCGACGAGUACACGCUGAUGCGCGCCACUUUCGCCGGCAGCGCCGGCCGCCUCUUUCCCUCGUGCCAAGCCGGGGCUUCCCCCAAAGUGACCUACACCCCAUACCCCGAGGACUACGGGGACAUCGAGAUCGGCUCCCACCGCAGCUCUGGCAGCAGCAGCACCAAUUUGGGGCCGCCGGCAGCGGGUGGUGGUGGGGGAGAUGAUGACGGCUACAUGCCCAUGACCCCUGGUGUGGCCGCAGCCUUAGGGCAGGGAAGCCGGGGCGGCGAUGAUUACAUGCCCAUGAGCCCCACCAGUGUGUCUGCCCCCAAGCAGAUCCUGCAGCCCCGGACAGCGGUGGGGAGUGGGUCCCCUGGGAACGGGAGCAGCUACAAGACCAGCUCACCUGGGGAAAGCUCCCCUGAUGAUAGUGGGUACAUGCGAAUGUGGUGUGGUUCCAAGCUAUCUGUGGAGAGCUCAGAUGGAAGACUGAGUAACGGAGACUAUAUCAACAUGUCCCCUCGGGACCCCCAGCAUGGGCCCCAGGUUCCCUCCCUUACCCCCCCUGACUUCUUUUUUGCCCCAUCAGGGCAUGGGUCCAGUGAGCCCUUAAAGCCCGGCUGCUAUUCAUACAGUUCCUUACCCCGCUCCUAUAAGAGCCAGGGAUUGGCGAAGGACAGCGACCAGUAUGUCUUCAUGAACUCCCCGGGGAGGAUGAUCCCGGAGGAGGUGGUGUGUGGAGUGGGCCAGUCGCCUGCCGGCACCUUCACCCCCUCCAGCCACAUGGUGCCUUCACCCCUGCGGCACAGCCGGACUGAGAGCUUCCUGAGCCAGCGGUGCCAGCGGGCAGCCCGGCCCAGCCGCCUCUCUUUGGAGACCUUGCGGACGGUGCUGCCCAGCAUGAAUGAGCACCCUCUGCUGCCUGAGCCCAAGAGCCCUGGUGAAUACAUCAACAUUGACUUUGGGGAUGCUGCUGUCUAUUCUCCCCCCUCGCUGCCUGCUGACAGCCCGGCCUCCUCCCUGGGCUCAGGCACGGGGCAGAGGCGCUCCCCGCUUUCUGACUACAUGAACAUGGAUUUUGGGUCACAGUCACCCUCCCAGUCAGGCACGGUCUCAGUGGGCUCCUUGGAAGCUCUCUCACCGAGCUCUUCUUCCAGCACCAGCCAGCCCAAUGGGCACUACCUGAAGGCGGCUGUGGGGGUGGCUUGCUCAUCCAGCCCAUCAGAUGGUGGGGAUUACACUGAAAUGACCUUUGGCAUGGCCACCACCCCACCCCAACCCAUUGUUCAGAAGCCAGAAAGUGCCCGGGUCACAAGCCCCACAGCUGGGGUGAAGAGGCUCACCCUCUCUGGGGUGGAGGCUUUCAUUCUCUCAAGCCCUCCCCCAGACCCAAACCGGGGGGCCAAAGUCAUCCGGGCAGAUCCUCAGGGGCGGAGGAGGCACAGCUCAGAAACUUUUUCCUCCACCACCACUGUGACCCCAGUGUCCCCUUCCUUCGCACACAACCCCAAACGACACAACUCGGCCUCAGUGGAGAAUGUGUCCCUCAGGAAAAGCGAAGGCCUGGAGGAGGAGCAGGGUAGCAGUCCCAUGUGCCGCGAGACCUCAGCUGGCUUCCAGAAUGGCCUCAACUACAUUGCCAUUGAUGUAGUGGAUGGGUCCCUGGCAAACUGUGACAAAUCCAGGUUGAAAGCCAGGCACCUCCUGAACGGGGGCAUCAAUGGAGUAGAGAUGAGCGCCUAUGCCAGCAUAGACUUUCUGUCUCACAACCUGAAAGAAGCAAGUGCUGUGAAAGGUUUUUCAGGAGCCUGACAAGGAAAGAAAUAAACCCCUCCAGCUAAGCAGAGAGCCAUGUGCAUCAUUUUACAGGAAACCCUUAUGGUGUUGGGUAAGGCAGUAGUGUAAUACUUUAUGCAACCUCCCUAGCCACUGGGAUGGGGAGAACUAAUGGGAUGGAUGUAUGAUCUGCUGAGGUCCACUCAAGCUGUUCCCGCUCCAGCCAGCCACACCAGUGGGGACAUGUCACAAAACAUCAAACUCAGCCUCGGCUAAUUCUGCCAUCAUGCUCUCCCCACUGAGAGGACAAGAGUGCAGCCCUCAAAGUAUUUUAGCACCUUCCUCUAAGGCAGCUGCUGGAGGAAAGUGUCCCCUGGCAGCCUCCCCGGUGGCUGCGCUCACAGCUUCCCCCUCACCCCUCCACAGCGUGUGUGUGGUGCAGCCAUCUCUCAGAUUUUGUCUGCCUCAUUGACAGCACUAAAGAGGCUUUGUCAGCUGCUUUGCUGUCCUUUCUGGGAUCCCCUGCUUGAUUUCUAUGCAUGACUCCUUGGCAAGGAGCCAGCAUUUUGUUUACCUCUUAAAAGAAGAUUCAUUAAUAUGUUUUUCCUGUUCAAGUUUAUUUGCAUAGGCAAUUUUGCUUUCCUAGUCUUUUUUUUUUUCUAUUGGCUGGACAAUAAGGUAAGUUUGUUUUUAUCAUUGAUAUAUUGGUGAGUUAAGUAAUUGUUUGCUAAAUGAACCACAUACUGUUUGUUGUUUAAGGAUUUUUAAAAAUUUUUUAAUUUUCUGAGCCAAGUUUGGCUAGUAGUUAUUUUUGUACAGCCCCACUGAAGUCAAUAGAAUUGCUUAUUUAUAACUGAGCAUCAUAGCCUGCUGUAAUUUUCUCUCAAGCCUUGUAUAAAGGGUGUAUUUAUGUGAUAUAUCCACUAUUGCUAGCACCAAUGGCCCUGCAAAGGGACUAGAUGUAGUGUGAAUGUUAGCAAAUAAAGCCCCAUUAUUUCUAAACUGCCAGGAUAAGAUAACCUGAGAAAUUUAAAAGAAACAAUGCUGAAGAUCUUGACUUGCAUUAAUAUUACACUGCUGCCAAAAGUGGUGGUGCUAUUUUAGUAGAGAAAUCAUAUUCAGGUUUUUUCAUGGUGUAGACAGGCUAAUCAAAAAAAGUGACGAGAAAAUAAUGAUUUCACAAUUUUCACUGCACUGUUCUACAGAGUGUAUAACUUUUUUUUUGUAUUUUUAAAUGAUGAGAUAACAAUGAAGUUAGCAAAGUCUUUUUCCUUCUUGUUACAUGCACUAAAUGUUUUUUUUAAGCUCUCUGUGGCCAGUUUGUAUAUUCUUGAUGGACUGUGAAAUGAGAAGAUGAUAAAGAGUGUCUCUGCUCACAGUGCAGGUAGUUGGUGCUUUUAGGGAAGGGAGUGGUGCUUGGGUCAGUGAGACAGGCAGGGAGCAGUAACCUGUGCCUGCCUGGGCUCAGAGGUCCCGGCAGGUGGAGAGGAAUCAGGGAGGCCAGAUGCCCAACCUAUUGCAGGGGUUUAUAAUGGCCCUUGUGAUUAUUUAAGUAUAGGAGUUCAUACAAAGCAAGAAGCGUAGCACAAGCUUUUCCAUUCUUCUAUCUUGGAGCUUAAUUAAGUUUGUCCUACAGACUGUCAUUUUGGGAUGAAAUUGUUUUAAUCAUUUAAUCAAAUGCAUUCAAGGUCAGAUUGAGAGAAGGAACUAAUGAACGCAUUCUGGAAGAAAGACACUUUCUGUUCAGUGCCACUCUGUCAGGGCAUGGCUGAGACCAAUUUCCUCUUCCUAUAAAGCCAUAGCAUUGGGGCUUAAAAGACUUAUGUUAAAAAAAAAAUAAUAAAUCUUGUCCCUUCAGGAUGGAAAAAAAUGUGAUUGAUUGGCACCCUCAAAGAACGGAAGUCCUUGUCUAAUUAACAUCCUCAUUUGCUUUCUUUUAGGGUAAAGCAUUAGGUGAUGCUGUGUAAUGAUCUUUUGUUCCAUAUUCUGUUGCCGGUUCUGCUAGCCCAGUGAAUCAGGGUCAGCAAUGCAACAUUUUCCACUGGCCUCGUGACCACAGCAAGGAGUAUUUUGAAAGCCAACUUCCACAUUUCAUCCUCAAAAGAGAGACAUGUUCCAAAAAAGUGUAAGAUCCCUUUGUCAUCACGAAUACCUAUGUUUCAAGUUUAAAAACCUGUUUCCUUGGUAACUAGACUUGUUAGGCUAGUCUGCUCACACCAUGCAUGCAGAGGCCAGCACAUAUUGUACAAAGCUUAUUGAGCCAUUUAGCAAAAAAAUUUAAUGCAUUAGAUUUUUUGGUACUAAUUUUAAAGGGCUCCUGAGAGACAAAAGAUAAACUUUGCUGCUUGCCUUGUCCUAUAAAAUUGUCUUCUGUGAUGCUGGAAGGUAUUGUGAUGGGGAAUGGCAACAGUUACUUUGUGAGAGGAAAGUCGUUCUUCUCUGGAUUUGCCUCUCCAUCGCAAUUCCUUCCUGGAUUCCUCCCAAGUGCAGUCAGCUGCGAUACCCCUUUACUGUACUUUUUCUCUCUAUGAAUGCUGCUGUUAUGGAAGACAUUUUAAACUUGGCUAUUCAUGGCAUAUCUCUGUGCUGUCGUCACAUAGCCGUUCGAUGGGCAGCAAUUUGGAUAUUCCUGACUGGCAGUUUGACUCUCCACACCCAGACAAUGUACAUUCAUAGCAUCUUGGUUGCCUGCCACUUAGCCCAUCUGUUGGAUUGACUCUUUGCCCAUUUAAAAGUCAGUCAGACAGGGGUGCAGGUGCCAAGAAAAUGUGAAUUGAGAAGGGGAGCCUGCAUAACACUGCUGGCAGAGCAUCUUCAGCAAGAGCGUCCUCCUUUGUGGCAGCCAUCACUGCCAGAUGCCUCCCUAUAGUAGGUUACAACUGCUGACAUUUGCGUACCAAGAAAAGGAUACACGAGGCAGAGAAAAGGAGGGAAGAGUUUUCAGCGUAGCCUUGGCAACUUGCAAGGCAAGCUGUGUUGUUGCAGGUACUCGGUUUGGUUUGCAGCACAACUAACAGACAUGUGGAGCUUGCAGGGUAUUAAAAAGUUACUCAGUAGGAAGGAGAGCACAUCGUUAGUGGGCUAAGGUGAACCUGAGGUAGCCUGUUACACUUGAGGAGAGAGCCAAUGACCCAACAGAGAUAGCUGCAGGAGGCCAGUAAAGGUAUUUCUUCUCUUCAUGGAGGAGACCUAUACAAGAGUGUUAGCCCUGCCUGGGGAGCAUUCCUGAACGCAGAGUAAAGAUUCAAAGAUAAGAUCCCUUAAGAUCAUUCUCUCUUUUAGCCACAACCAUGUUGUGCAGUGAAGAGAAUUAACUCAUCUGCAUGUAACCUUUAUAGUCAAAAUCAGGAGAGUGUCACGCACGUGCAUGCUUGAAAUAAUGCCCUUAAAUGCAUGUUUCCCUUCAAGUUUGACUCACUAGAAUUACUUUAUCUGUGAGACUAACUUGUGUAUCUGUCUUGUCUGCUUGGACAGCCUUUUAUAUUCGGUGAAUAGCCAUUACUGCUGCUGCCCAUCAGAGGCACAGGUAGCGUCUUUCCAUCAUCAUUAUUAUACAGGAAUAUAAGACAUAAAUACCUCCAGAGUCUGUCAGUGGCUAUGGUUCAGCAGUGCAUUGCAACCCAAAUAGUAUUUAAUGGGUAAAUUUUUUUCUGCUUAAACUUAAAUCAUACAUAGAUGUGUGAAGCCAGUCUGAACUUCAGAAUGUUUUAAAUAAUUCUUUAUAAACUGAGGAAAGCAAUCAUCCCAAACUAGGUGAAUAGCUCUGUGCAACUUCAAUUACUAUCUUAUAUUUCCAGAAUUUUUGGUUUGUUGUUUGUUUGAGUUUUUUGUUUCUUUUUGUGUCAAACAAAGAUGUGGCUUUCCCAGUUACCUCAUGAAAUACAGUACAGCACCAGGAGCCCAUAACUUGUCCAGAGAUGGUAUCUUUCUUCUCAUUAACCUGAGGAAGGAGUUGGUGGAAGGCACUGAAAGCAGAGAAUUGCCCAGUCCUUUUAUUUGAGAGCUUGCUGAAGUGAAAAGAUGAGCUUUCAGGCACUGGGCAAGAUUGUGAUCAUCCAACUCCUUUUCUGUCAUCUGUUAUUUUCAUUUUCUGGUGUCUUUUGACCAGUGUCUAAACCCAAGAAGAGAAUCCCAUCUUCCACUAGCUUGGAGUAAUGUACUGAAGAAAAAUUGAACCAAAAGUGAUGUCUGAUGCUGUGCUCUGCUUUCCCUGAUAUCAGCAAGUAGCACUGAGGAAUCUGAUGCUUAACAUGUUGUCUCUGAGCCAAGAAUUAGGGACCACUGCCUGAGGGGACAAGAAGCAGAUUUAGCAUGCCUACUUGUCAGUUAAUAGUCAGCCUUAUGUUGUACAGUAACCACUCUAUUUGCUCACUACAAGGGAAGAUAAAACUCAGUUAGAAUACAGUAAAAAUCCCAAGCAAGAGCAACAAUUCUCACCCCUCCCCCAUUUCCACAAGUGUUAGGCAGCUUGCUGCAAUUUUAAACACACAUGAUAUCAAGUAGUACCAAAAUUAUUAGGUGCUGAUGCAUUCAUAGCCUUUGCAACACCAAUCUGCUGCUCUGUGGUGUGCUAGCCACAUGGCCCACCUCCCUUGCCUCUUUCUCCACCCUUAUCCCCUUAGAUCUUACACCUUUGAUUCUGUAAGAUGUAGCCUGCACAGUCCUCUACCUGCACGAAUUCUUUAUUCAGGGGUAAUGAGACACUGGAACAUGUUGUCCAGAUGAGUUGUGGAUGCCUCAUCCCUGGAAAUGUUCAGUGCGAGAUUGGUUGGGGCUUUGAGCAACCUGGUCUAGUGGAAGGUGACCCUGCUCAUGGCAACCCAAACUGUUCUAUAAUUCUAUGAUACUAAGAUUGGUGAGGAGAAACCAUAUCCUUGUUUUCAACUGGAGCCACAUGCAACAUGGCAUUCGGUAGUAUCUUUAUCAUAGAAGGUUCAAAUGGCAAUGUGUAAAUCCAAAUGUAUGCCCAGGUAAUUGGUUGUCAACAGAUCAGUCUGUCCUGGGAAGAGGAAGAAGUACAGAAGAACAACUAGGAUCACAGAGGAAAUACUUAAUAUUCAGUCUGACUUGUACUAGGAAAUUUCUAAGAAUUGAAAAAAAAAACCAACAAAAAAAACCCUUCCUGGUGUUAAUGUGCUGCAGUUCAAUGAAUAAAGUUCAGUCAAUGAAAGCAACCUUUUAAAAUAGCACAGCUUAAUUCCUCACUCUUCUUCUGUGUACUCUACAGGCACUCCUGCCAGCAGCUGAACUGCUCCUUUUUGGUCCCAGAAAAAUACUGGGUUUUUUUUCCUGUUAUUAAAGACUAUCCAGAACUCAGUUGAGAAAAACAAAUAUUAUUUAUUUAAACUGUUUGUUAAAAUCAGAAUAAUUCUUUUGGGUCUGUAUUUUUCAUUAGGUCUUUUUCAAGAGCAGUUCUGCUGUAUCUGUUGGUAGCCACAGAUCAUGAGAGAACUGUAUGCUCAGUUCUAACCUAGGUUCCUUUCCCAUUCUGUAUCACGCAUUGUUAUGCCAGUGUUUGUAAAACACAUCCUUUUGAGUUCCAGAUAUGGAUACUGAGCAUCAAUAUAAUUAAAACCGUUUAUAAACCCAUGUAAUAUAUGUGUGCUACAUACUCUUUGCAUGUUCUGUGUAUUUUCUUUGCCUAAGCUUUAUGCAAUCACUUUAAUAAAUAUCCUGUAUAAGUAACAUCCUCUUACACAUUUACAGCACAUUGCUUUAGAGGAUGUACUUCCAAAAUAGGUCAGUGAAUCUGGAGGCUACAGCAAGAGGGAAUGAUGCUGAUACCACAGUCACUCACAGCCAAGUUAAGCCAGCAGACAUCACUGCCACUGGAGUUAGCAGUCCAGCAUUCUCUUUGCUCCUGUGCAUAUUUAGAAUCAUAGAAUCGUAGAAUGUCUUGGGUUGGAAGGCAUAUUAAAGAUCAUCUAGUUCCAAACCCCCUACCAAGGGUGUUCCCCUUGAACCUGUGCUGUCCCUGAUGCCACCUGAGGUUUCAUGUAACUGCACAGUGCACUGGGCAGGGAAACCCAGCCAGGAGAGAGCUGGGUCGGGAAAAGAGGCUUGGCUAGCUCAGGCAUGGGUCUGGUCCUCACUCUGGUCCACUGCAUUGACACACACCUCCUGAAUGCCAGAACAAGGGAAAGGGCAAUGUUGAGUCAGAAAAAAUGAGAAUUGGAUUGCUUCUUUUGGCCUCAGUGCCAUACCAAAGCGUUUGUGGAAACAAAGCCUCUCAGUGCCAAGUCUGGAAUUCUUGAAUUAAUGUGGUGAAACCAUUAAUAAAAUCUUAUUCUGGCCGAGAAUUUUCUCUGGCCUAUGAUAAGCAGCAUCCAUUUCUUAUUCUGUCAGGUUCCUGGAAUACAGGCAAUAAAUCUAUUCCUUUUUUAUUGUUUUUGUGGAAGUUUGUGUAAUAAUGCUUGACUGCAGCGAGUGUUUUCCAGUCUGAGUUUGAAUGCACUCCCUUUGCUUGCACUCCAAACAGAUAUUAAGGACUCAUACAUACAUUUUUGCACAUUUCUGGGGACCUUCAUUGUCCCCAUGAUUCAUCAGUGCCCUGCAGCAGUCACUGAUGGAGUCUUGGGUAUGUCCUGGCAUGAAACCUAGAGCGUGGUGUACUUGCAUGUAAGCAGGAGAUAACUAGAGAGCAGCACAAGUGACUGCCCUUUGGAAAUGUGCUCUGGUUACUGCCCUUCUCUGCAUGAUUCUUCCCAGAGUCUUCCAAUCCAAAAGCAAAAUGAGGUUAAUGUAAGUGUCUUCAGGAAAAGAUACUUUUUCGGGUGCUUGUAUGGUGAUGAUUCAGGCGUUUGCUGCCUUUACCAGUGACAUUUAUCCAUCUGUAAGCACAGCUUUUGCCCCACACUGUUAGACUGCAGCUGUUUGCACAAUGCAGUGAGGUAACCUCAUAUGGGGCAAGGUCCAGCAUGACUAGUCCUCAGUGAAAAUAUGUGCAAUUUGGCACAAAAACGGAAGCCUUCCAAGCAUUGCACAAUCUCUCAUUCAGAAAUCCCAAAUAAAAAACUCAAUCCUGAUGCCCUGCAUGUAGGGAUGGACUAUGGGUUUCAUGGUCUGUAUAAGGACUUAAUAAAGUAGCAAAGGGAGUUCCUGUUCACAAGAGUGCCUAGAGUGGGUGAUAGGUAAGAGGGUAGCCUGGGUCAGCUCAGCUGAAGCGCAGGCAUCUCAGGUGUGUGGAGGAGAUAUGCCUUCAAAGAAGGCAUUGCAAAUGGUCUUGGGAUUCUGUAGACAGCUCUAGGUGGACUGUACAACAAUGGGAGACUGUUUUUGUCCUCUGUCCUUGUUUAAUUAGACCAGUGUAUGGAUAUCUGAGAUUGGAGGAAAACACUUCUAGUGUCUAGUGGCAGUAGGACGAAAAUGCAAAUUCUCUUGCAAAACAUACCGGUCAGUGUUAGGGUUGUGAAACACUGAGAAUAUAGAUGUGCCACUGAAACAUCAGAAAAUAAAAGUGUUUUCCCAUCUUUCCAGCCAUUUCCACCCCUUUAAAAACCUCUUUCAAUUUGUUUUCUUUUAUAGAGUCAUGCAUUUCUCCCUCCUCCAACCUUUUGUUUUACUAUAUUUAAGGUGGGAAACAUCUCCUUUUCUUGUCAGUGUUGCUUUCAUUUGUAGUUCUACUUUGUUUUGCAAAAUAAUUCAGGAAUUCUUGAUCCAAAGGCAAUUGUUUGAAAGCAUUUCAAUAAAGUCUGUAAGGAGAAAGACAUCUAUUCUUCCGCUGUUCACUUUCUCUAUAAUUUUUCUGCUCUCCUUACCUUUACUGAUGCCCAUUAAUUUGUCCAUUUAGAAUCCAAGGAAAAACCUGUUUUUAUAUUUUCUGAAAAAGCCAGAGAUAUUUUCUGUCCUUCACAAGAUGCCACAUGUGCAGUUUCCUUCCUGCCUUGAGGUCUGAAAUCACCACAACAAUGCCUUCUGCACCAAGGGCUCAGGGACUCCUCUGCAGCGAAACACUUGAACAAACACUUAAAGUUAAGCCUCUGCACAGCCUCAUUGGAGGAGGUGAGGGAAUAUGAAUGUACCUUGAAAUGCACCGGGUUUUUGUAUAAACAUUAUGAAGAUUUGCAUUCAAAAGGUAACUGAUGAAAUUUUUACCCUAAAAGUUGCUUUUCACUUGAAAUGUCUUUUCAAUUGAUAACAAAAUCAUUUGACAUUCCGCAGGAAGAAAACUGAUAAACUCCAAAAAGCUAAGCUUCCAAUGGGAAUUUUUUUUUUUAAUUCUCACAAAACAUGAAAAAAUAAGCAAAUUGUAGUUGAAUCCUUUAUUUUACACAGGAACAAAAAAAAUAUAUAAGACCAUCGACCCUAGGUCUGAACUAAAAAAUGACAUGAAAAUGAAGAGAGAAAAAAUAUGUUGAGUUUUGUUUGUUUGUUUUUCCUGCUAUGUGAUAUAUAAACCAACCUGAAAGUUUUGAAGAUUAGAUAUGAUGACUCCUGAGUCAGAGUCCAAUUCUGCAUGUUCAGCAUGGUUGAAUUUGACAUUCAUGUUUGUUCAGACUUUGCUUUUCCUUGGGAAGGAGAGUUUGCAGUUCCUGCUUUCUGGGGCUGUACAUGACUGCGUAAGCUUUAAAGUACUGGAAAGCCCACCUGAAAAAUCUAUUCCUUUUAACUUAGAAUAGUCAUGUAUGUCUCAGGGAUUGCUGUACAUCCCUAGAGGUGUCUCCAAGAUAACCAUGCAGACUAGGGUAUCUUGAAGUCAGUUAAGGUGUCCAAGGAAUGCAGCUGCCUAAUGAAGAACUGUAAAUAUUUGCAUCAGACAAAUGCACUUGGAAAUAGAUGAGUAACCUGUUUCUGAUGCAGGGAAUUAAUCAUGCAGUCUUCACACAAAGAAUCUGAAAGAUGAGGCCCCGUGUCGUUUGGAUUAAGAUGUCACUAUGUUGUUAUCUGGGAUGAAGUGUAGGAUUUAUAUAAACAUCAUCUUUCCCUUGCUGAGGAUCAGCCAAUUCAAACAACUUGAAUAAGUGGUUUCCAUCCUAAAGAGGGCUAUGUUUACAUCUUGAGCGGCUGUUGCUGUGGUUUGGUCCUGUGCAAAAUCAAACCAAACCAAAACCCUAUAGAAUUUCACAUUCCUUACACGGUUUCUGAUCUUCUUGGACAUAUUGGCUGUUUUGUUAAUCUGGCAAUAAAAAGCCCAGGCACCUUGGCCAGGGAAGGAAUAUUCCUACCUAGUGGGACCACCAGGUUUUGGGAAGUACUGUUGUGUUUCCUCUGCCACCUCCUCCAGAACUGAGAAAGGAGGGAAGAGAGAAGGGGAAGUGACAUUUUUUUCCUUGUAAGUGGCUUCAUGGGAGCUGUAUAGAUAACGUCUUCUAUUGACAUCUAUCUUAGUCAUUGCAGCUCAUUUUCUGCCUCUCUCAUUGAUUGGGGAAGGAUCUGGCAGCCUCAGAUAGCGGGGCUCUGGACUGAUAAUCACUCUCUUGAUAUUAUAUGCUGGAGUGGCCAUCACAGCUUCAUUAGCUACCUCCAGUAUGAUGACUUGGAGAGUGCCUUCGAGAUCAGGGAGCUGGGACUGGGGCUUCGUAAUCAAUAAUUUCAAACCAAUUUCUGGCCACCCUGAUCAACUACACAGAGUUCCCUGAGAGAAGAUCAGGGUCCUUAUUUCUCCCUUAAGAAUGAAACAUUAAAUUUCAUUCUUCAGUGUUUUUUCCUUCUUUAUAGAAAUCCCUACUUGUAUAACUCUGGUAGCUUUAAUACUUUAAACAAACACAAACAUAAGGAAGAACACAAUUCCAUAUUGCUUACUUGUUUUGCAAUUCAUAUGGCCCUGACAAGAAUUUUUUUACUUUGAAAUUUGGAACCUGCAUAUUAACGCACUUUAUCUUGCCAAGCUAGUUCAAGCAAGGUCUGAUGAAAGCCACCUUUGAUUUGAUCUUUUGUUUGCAUUAAAUGCCUUUUUGAACUUUGGUGAGGGUGGCUGACCUUUAGAAUAAAAAGCUAUACUGGUACAAUGCAGCUAGAAGCAUUAAACAAGUGUACUGACAGUUAAAUGAAAAGUGACUGGCUGGGCUAGGUACACCUGUCAUGUUAAUGCUGCCAGGGGAACUUGGUGCUCACAUGAUUAGUUUUGUUUUGUUGGUUUGUUUUUUUUUUUUCCUCCUAUAAAUCUCAGUUAUAUAAAUUUGCUAGGGGGAUUUACAUCUACAACUCUGGCUUCAGAGGUGCCUAGCAUGAUAUUUAAAGGAACUCUAGUUCCUUCUCUCUGGAAUGCAGGAUCAAGAGAGGGCUUACACAUUAAAAGUGAAAAGCUAAAUCAAACAGCAGUAUCUUAUUCUUUAAAGUAAACAGAGCAAAGGCUAUUGGUGUCAGCCACAGCAGCAGUCGGGUAUGUACUGACAGAAGAGACUGAAGAGAUUUUUUCUAACAGAGGAAAUUAUUGGGGUUUGUUUACUUUUUCCAAGGAGAAAAUGAUCUUUUCAAAGGAUGUAGGAUGAUAAUCAUCAUCAUCAUCAUCAUCAACCCAAAGGCAGACUGUUUUCAGCAAAAAUAUUGAAAUUACUCAGCUUAUGGUCCUUUUUGGAAAACUGCUGAUCACCCCAAGUUCAAAGAGGUCAGUUGAAAAUUAGGUAAUGCUCUCAAAAUCCCCAUGGCAGGAUGAGACAGUGCUUUCAGGAAUUACAUCCUGAUUUAUCAUUAAUUAGAUGUAGGUGAGGAACUCCAGACUCAUGAACAAUUUUACCAAUAGGUAAAGCUUUUUUGCACAGUCAUGUUGAAGGACACAGUGAUUUGCUGGCACUGUUGCUGUUUACCUUGCUUCUUUGUGAAAACAAAUUUCUGUUUCAUUUCUUAGGCUACCAGGAUUCUGUCAUCUAUUUUGGGUUUCUUAAUCCCAUGCUAAAUUACUGUGUGCUUGAUUACAGUUUGCUCCAUCAAGGGUUAACUCCAGUGUAAUGAAGUACAAAAAUGGAACAUGACAAUGAAAACCGAAGUCUCAGCUGUGAAAAUGGAAAAAAAUCAGAAAGAACCGUAGUUUCAUACAAUGGCAAGUAUCAGACAAGGAUUUUAGUAACUUAUCAAUGCUAACAUCAUCUUAUCACUGAGAAGUUGUUGAUUUCAGGGUUCUUACUCCUUUUUUCUUUGCAAGUCUGUUACUAUUGAAAAGAGACUGGUCUAUCCUUAUUUUGAAUCCUUUAGGCAAUGCAAAGAAGACAAAACCUGUUUCAACAGCAUCACUCCAGUGAUUUCUGGCAAUGGCAUCCUGCUAUUUGUUCUUGCUUUGGGGUCAUGUGCAACAAAUACUGUUGGCUUAAGAGGAGUUGACGAAAAUUGCAAGUUAUAUGCUGGUAAAUUCUGGAAGGAAGAUUAGUCCUUGAAAGGUGGCUCAGUGUCGUAAAGUUGCCUCGGAGAGUUUUAAAAGUUAUGUCAGGCAAUGGAUACAUGUACAGUUUUGUUGCAUCCUCUGCUCCAAAGUCCAGCCUGGUAAGGCUGGGGUGCAGCCAUUUGUUUCCACCCUUUGAAGUGCCAACAGACACGCACAUCUGUGAAAAUAGCAUCACACAGAGGAGUUUUGCUUAGUAAUGAUAAUCCAGUUCUCUCUUAUAUACAAAAAGCCUGACUUCAAGGGAAUAAUUAUUAUUGGUUGCAGUGGUUAUCUUUUUAUUAAUGCUGCUAUUUUUUCAAAGAGUAAUAACAAGUUUUCCUGACACAACUGAGCCAAAUGAAUAACUGUUCCAUAACAGACCACAUUCCAUCCUUUUUCUCCUUUGCUUUUCUUUUCUUGCCCUGUUUCUUCCACAUAUCUCACUUAUUUUCACACUCUUUAAGCUAAUUCCCUCAUUUGGAAAAAACAAACAAACAAACUAAAAAACAACCCUAUGUUUUUUGUUCCACCUAAUGUUAGUGUAAUUUUAAUGAACUGAAUUCGCUAAACUUCUUAGUUGUCCCUCUGUGCUGCCAGACAACCAGCACAGCUGGCACAAGGUAAGCAAGAGUCCAGACACGGCAAAGGCAAGCAGGCUUUCUCUUUUCCUACAGCAAAACAGUUAUUUGGGUAAUGCUGCUGAACAAAGCCAUACUCCAAAAACUUCAUUCCAGUGACAUUUUUCCAGUAAUAUUUUUCCUAUCAGCAAAACCAGUGUAAGAGGUUCUGAUUCUGAUUUUUCCUAUUCCUCUCUCUGUUCUCACUGUCCACGAUGUUUCUCUUACUAGUUUGUUAGCUGUGCUUAUACAACUAUUUGUAGAGAUGUCUUGCAAACUGGGAUCACUGAAAUUAUCAAAUUCCCUUUUCAAAAGUAGUUUUAAAGAAACCCCCCUCCACCUCUGAUCCUUCUGGUGAUUGCCAUCAGAGCACAGCCCAAAGAAGCCAAAGUCAGCCCCGCAGCCCCUUCAGCUGGCAGAGCUAGGAGGGCGCUGAGUUGCAGUUGUGAGCAAAGUGGGUUUGCAAAGAAGGGAACCAAGUGUGCAGGAACAGGGGAGCGAGAAACUGUUUUACACUGCUUUACCAUUGGAGAAAACAAGUGUCUAGAUUUAAGGGGUUUUUUUGCAGAUUUGGGUUUUGUUUUCAGUAAAGGCUGCAGGAAACAUAACGAGGUAACGUUCAGCAACAGAUGAAGCAGAACUUCUAACCACUGAUGUAAGUAUAAACUUUAACCACCAUUUUUCUAACCACUGAUGUAAGUAUAAAUUUUUACAGUGACAACAAAAGGCUAAGGACAUCAAGGUGACGGCUGUGUUUUCAGCUUUGAUCAUAUAAAUUGAGAACUGUUGCCAGCUGAGAACAGUUCAGCCUUUCCUGCGAUCCAGCUUUAACAAAGAAGCAAUUUUGCUGUGGGAGCUUGUGGGCCUUAUUUGUUACACCUGACUGACCCAUACUUAGAAAAUGUAUAAUAAAGAACAUUUUCUAGGUUUGGAAUGAAAGAAAUGCUCAUCAUCAUAGCUGUGGUUGCUUGGCAUAGGAGAAUGUGAAGUAGACCAUGAUAUUCUGCUAAAUCCAGAUUAAGGAAACCUUCAAACUUCCUAUUUCCUGAUAGAUCUUUGUCUAGCGUUACAUCCAACCUCAAUCAAAAAUACACAAUGACCACCUCAUAAGUUCUCAUGAGCUGUAAUUUAUAUGCUUGUAUAAAAUACAACUGUCAGUUUAGUUGUUUACAUGAGAUACAGAUUUUUGUUGGUAAAGAAUAUAUAUAUUGCGAGCUGAAUUCUUUGAAUACCAGGCAUGAGGGAAUGUUGUCUCCCCAGGGUCUUAAUGAUUUGUUUAUAUUGAAAACAAAAAUAUUCCCUAGCAAGCUUCUGCUUAUGGGGAGAUGACUUCACCUGAAAGGGACCUUAAUAAGUCGCAGAGUUAGAUGGGGAGGGCAAAUAACCCCUCAGGAGAAGUGUCAAAAUUAUCACUCCGAUUAAAUUGCAGAUCACAGGUGUCUGUGGUGGAGUAAAGGUUUGAGCUUGAAUAUGAGCUCAAUAGGAAUCCACCUUCAACAAGAUUUUCUUCUGAGAGCAAAAGACAAUAGUUUCAUCCUAAGAACAGUGUGCGUGGGAGCAUUUUAGGAGUAUUUGAAAUGAAGAAAAAUGUCUUUGAGUGGAUCUCAAGUGCGAACACAUGUAAUCAUUAUUCCCUAUUUUAUUUGUUUAAAUAUGAAUUUAAACCAAGUAAUAAGUCUGUAACUAUUUGAAUCACAGUAAAUGGUUGUUUUCCAUAACUGUUUCUGCAUCUACUUCUGUAUCUAUUUCUUAAUGUCUUGGGAUAAAGUUGAUUUGAGGGUAAUGCAAACACCAACAUGGUUUUUCCUCUGGAUGUGAUGACCCUUAAAUCCUGGAUUGUUUAUCACUUUUCCGUGUCAGCACCGCAGUGAGCAUAUUUUGGAGGACUGAAGAGCUAGUGUUCCUUCUCUAAUUUAUAAAAAUUAUUUGAAAUAUAGAGCAUCACUCUAAAUAAAAUAUAUUUCAAUAAGUAGUGUUAGCCAUUUUUUCAAAGUCACUGAUACAAGAGAGUGCUCAUGCUGAACCCUAGAUAUCAUUGGAAACAAAGAUAUUUCAAAGAACCAUAUCAUAGACGAACCAUAUUCUCAUAGUAGGAGAUUAAAAUAAAUUUGUUUAAAAUCUCAAAUGCAUUAUUUAGUAAGCAAAUAAAGAGCCAUGAAGCACAGGCCAGCUGUUAUUAGCAUAUAUUACAGUAAUAUGGAACAUAUCAGAUUUAUAAUUAUGUGAAUAAUAAACAAAAAGGAAGAAUAUGUAUUCUAGAGAUUGCUGCGAGUGUAUGACAUUUAGGACUCGUUCUACCUAACUUAACCUCAGUUCACCCUCAAAGUUUCAAGAAAGUUUUAGUGCCAGUGCAGGUGGGAUUUUAAUCAGGAACACAGGCUCAGUGCCAGAAGGGAUAGAAGUCUCCUUUGUUUACAGUCAGAACUGCUUUCUGAUCUUCACCCAUUGAAAACUGUCAUUCAGCUUUAAAAAUAUAAAUGUUCUCACUACUGAUGCUUUCCAUACUUCUUAUUUCUUGUUACUAUGACUAAAGGUAAGCUAGGCAUGCACUUUUUGCAAUUGCUACUCAUGCUUUGCUAAGCUGGUACUGAUGUUGUUAUCUCAGACUAUUUCUAAUGCUCCGACUCUAUGAUUCUAUCCUACACUAUUCAAUAUACUAAGAGUCAAGAUUAAAUUUUUGAUCUGUACCUGAACCUUAGCAAAAUCCUUUAGGAAAUCUUCUGUGGAGGUUACAAUUCAGUUUCUUUCUGUUUGAACAGGUCUGUCUAGCUCUGUCUUAUAGAAACCAAGAGCUUCCAAUAAGUCAAAAUAAGGUUUGUAAUUUUUAUGAAUGAUAGAACCACAGUAGUGACAUUAAAAAGGCUGAAAAAAGAUGAAAGAUGCAUACCCUAAUGCUUUGAGAUCAGUGUUACCUAGGUGGAAUUCAGAAAAAACACUGACUGUGAAGUUAUUUGAUCUAUCUUAGAAGUUCUUGGAAGAAUUUCUUUGGCUACUUCCAGAGAUGUGCAUGGUCUGCCACUUUGAACUAUUGUAGGCAUUCUGGGGCUAUGAAGAUUUAUUUUUCAAGCCCCAAGAAACAUGCAAGUCAUCACCAAAAGCUAACUAAGAUAUAAAGUAUGUGCUAUCAAAACUUCAAAGCAAGGAGUAAAAAAAAGCGGCUGCAACUGUGGGGUUCACAGGAGAUUUAUUUUCCUAAUGUGACUGAUUUGACAAGGAGAGGGCAUAAAACACUAAGGCUGUUGUUGCUGAUGGGGGGGGGGGGGUGUGGGGGGUGUUUGCUACAGAGUUACCAGGUCACAUUACCCAGUCCUGUGCAGAAAUGUAAUCGCAUCAACAUUUUCUAGUAAGGCAGGUGAGAUAUUACCCAAGUGGAUACACAUGGAUAUAAGCUAGUUACUCUGGGUAAUACCUAAUUUACUGCAGAAUUUGGGUGAUACCUAAUUUACUACAGUAUUUUAGAAAGGUCUGUAACUGGAGGUAAUUUUGCAGAAGAGGAGGUGCUAGAAUGCAGUUCCAAUGGUGACUGGGAGAGAUGUUUUGCUGUUGACUGGUCAAAACAGUUUCUACCGCAGCUUUAUGGUUUGUUCUGGCUGAGAUCUUUCAGUGUUUAUAAAUAUUCCAUGUUAGACACCUUGUUAAGGGAAAAGCUUUUGAGUUUGUGAAUGUAAAUCCCCAGACAAAAUAGGGAUAAAAAGAUUUAAGAAAUGGAGCUAAGACUGAACAUUCAGGAAACGUGAGAAGAUGAAGAUGUGACAAUGGGAAUGCAGAAUACUUGUAGUCCAUUUGGAUGUCUUCUUGAAGAAUUUGUUCAGGAGAGAAAAGGAAAUUGGAAUAUUACUGGGUAAUAAAGUAAAAAAUUCAUGGAUUUUGAAAUUGGGUUCUGUGUGAUUUUGAAUUAACAUCUAUAGAGUCCUGCUGGCUUUAUCCAGGAAUGUAAACAAUGAAUGAAAUUGAUCCAUCAUAUUCCUCCUUUAAAUAAAGAACACGAUUUCUCAGUUUGCAUAC